AUGUCAGGAUUUACUGGACCAACACUGCUGCCUGUGCCAGUGAAGGAGAUAAAAGAAGAAGAGUCUGAUGAUUUCCUUCAAGAGUAUCUGUCUACAGUUCAGAAGGACAACCCUGGAGCGGAUCAUGUGUGCAAGACUGAAACAAACAUGUCAGACAUCAUGGACAUUAAAGAGAAGGAAGAGGCUGAUGUAAGAGAGCAUGGUCAGAACGACUCUUCUCCUACUGGUCCUCAGGUGGGCAUGACCAGAACUCUACCUGCAGGAAUCAAACAAAGGAGCGUAGGUGGGGGUGGAGAUGGUCUUCAGGUGGGCAUGACCAGAGCUUCACACAGGAGGGUAGGUGGAGGUGGAGAUGGUCUUCAUGUGGGCAUGACCAGAGCUUCACACAGGAGGGCAGGUGGGGGUGGAGAUGGUGUUCAGGUGGGCAUGACCAGAGCUUCACACAGGAGGGCAGGUGGAGGUGGAGAUGGUCUUCAGGUGGACAUGACCAGAGCUUCACACAGGAGGGCAGGUGGAGGUGGGGUGGAGAUGGUCUUCAGCACAGAGCUAGAGUCUGAAAUGUCAGGAUUUACUGGACCAACACUGCUGCCUGUGCCAGUGAAGGAGAUUAAAAAAGAAGAGUCUGAUGAUUUCCUUCAAGAGUAUCUGUCUACAAUUCAGAAGGAAAACCCUGGAGCGGAUCAUGUGUGCAAGACUGAAACAAACAUGUCAGACAUCAUGGACAUUAAAGAGGAGGAAGAGGCUGAUGUAAGAGAGCAUGGUCAGAAAGACUCUUCUCCUACUGAGAAGGAGAUAAAAGAAGAAGAGUUUGAUGAUUUCCUUCAAGAGUAUCUGUCUACAGUUCAGAAGGAAAACCCUGGAACAGAUCAUGUAUUCAAGACUGAAACAAACAUGUCAGACAUCAUGGACAUUAAAGAGGAGGAAGAGGCUGAUGUAAGAGAGCAUGGUCAGAAAGACUCUUCUCCUACUGAAAUCAACACAGAUGGGAUGAGAUGUGCUGGGGAGAAGGAACAUCAUCGUAAAAAACAUGGAAAGAGCUUUCGUAAGAGCAAUCACCUGAAGGCACAACAGACCACCCACACAAGAGAAAAGUCAUAUCAGUGCAGAGUAUGUGGGAAGAGUUUCAGUGAGAGUUUGGGUCUCUCCAUGCAUCAGUUGACACAUAAUGGAGAAAAGCUCUACCCAUGUCCUCAGUGUGAAAAGACUUUCACUAGGAUGUAUGAUCUUAAGACUCACCAGAGGAUCCAUACUGGAGAAAAGCCAUUUCAGUGCACUGACUGUGGAAAGACUUUUAGUCAAACAUGUAGCCUCAAGGCACACCAGAGUAUCCAUACUGGAGAAAAGCCAUAUCAGUGCACUACAUGUGGGAAGAGAUUCAGGGUCAGAAGGAAUCUCAUUAUACAUCAGCGCACACAUACAGGAGAAAAGCCAUAUCAGUGCACUAACUGUGGGAAGGGUUUUACUCAUAUGAGCAGUCUCAAGGCACACCAGAGAAUCCACACAGGAGAAAAGCCAUAUCAGUGCACUGACUGUGGAAAGGGUUUUAGUCAAAAGAGCCAUCUCAAGGCACACCAGAGUAUCCAUACUGGAGAAAAGCCAUAUCAGUGCACUACAUGUGGGAAAAGUAUCAAGACUAAGACAGAGGUCACCGUCCAUCAGCGCACACAUACAGGAGAAAAGCCAUAUCAGUGCACUGACUGCGGAAAGGGUUUUAGUCAAAGGGGCAAUCUCAAGGCACACCAGAAUAUCCACACAGGAGAAAAGCCAUAUCAGUGCACUGACUGCGGAAAGGGUUUUAGUGAAAUGGGCAGUCUCAAGAAACACCAGCUUGUCCACACAGGAGAAAAGCAUUAUCCGUGCACUGACUGUGUAAAGGUUUUUAGACGAAUGAGCCAUCUCAGAAGACACCAGAGUAUCCACACAGGAGAAAAGCCAUAUCAGUGCACUGACUGUGGAAAGGCUUUCGGACAAAUGAGCAAUCUCAAGAAACACCAGACUGUCCAUACAGGAGAAAAACCAUAUCAGUGCACUCACUGUGGGAAGGGUUUUAUUCAAAAGAGCCAUCUCAAGGCACACCAGAGUAUCCAUACAGGGGAAAAGCCAUAUCAGUGCACUACAUGUGGGAAAAGUUUCAAGACUAAGACAGAGGUCACUGUCCAUCAGCGCACACAUACAGGAGAAAAGCCAUAUCAGUGCACUGACUGUGGAAAGGGUUUUAGUCAAAUUAGCAAUCUCAAGAGACACCAGAUGAUCCAUAAAUCUUAG